CACACGACGAGCUGUCGACUCUCACCGCGGAGACACAUCCGCUGACGACGAAAGUGAAGCCGACCGAAACACCGGCUUCCUGGUGCUCGGACGCGAGCUGCCCAAAUCGACGGAUGUUUUCACGCGCCUUGAUUAUACAUACAGAUUGCGCGCAUGAUUCUAGACUACAGUAAAUAAACGGUGAAUUGCACGCUCUGCGAUGGUCCCUUCACACCGCGUCACUCAUGAGCGGGAUAAAGGCGGCAAAAAUGUCCUCGGGAGGAAGGAGCGGCUUCUGCAUCCGUUCCCAGGUCCGUUCGAGCCGCGCCUGCAUGUAUCUGCGGAUCCGUUGAGCAUUGUCCUGGUGUGAUUUCUGCUGAUUGUCCGCUUGCACCUCCGACACAGCCGUGUCCAGGACGCGCAAUGCAUCCAAAUUGGUGAUAUACCCAUCGUGCU